AUGAAUGGGAAUGACAUGGUUCCAGGACUUCCGGUGAUGCCUAAGAGAGCCAUCGUCUUGGAUAUCAUUUUAUUCUUUUUGCCUGUGGCCAUAGCGAACAAUGGCUUCCUCACUACAGCACUGGGCUUGCAGUGGCCGCUAUGGAGAACACUGUCACCUUGUGAUAAAUUAUUGAUCAGCGUGGGGGCCUCUCACUUCUGUCUGCAAUGGGUGGUGAUCGGUGUUCUCCUGUAUUCAAAGCCUUUCCUGUCCAACCCUCUGCUCUAGUUCCUAGCCUUCUAGUGGGACUUUUUAUGGUUUAGCAGCUGGCUCAGUGUCUUCUAUCACAUGGAAAUUGCAACUAUCCCUCACCCUGUCUUCCUCUGGCUAAAGCAGAAGAUGUCUGGUUUGGUACCGUGGAUGCUGCUCAGCUCUGUGGGGCUUUCCAGCUUGAGCACCAUGUUAUUUUUAAUAGGCCACCAAAGCCUCUAUCAGGAUUAUUUAAGGAGAGGUCUGCAAUCUUGGAAUGUCACUGGGAAUACUGUCAGGAGAACAGUUGAGAAAUUCGAUGUCUUCCCUCUAAAUGUUGUGCCUACCGUGGUCUUCCUCACUGGCAUGGUUGUACUCAUUACAUCUCUGGGAAGAUAUGCCAAGAAGACCUUCCUGUCCACCUCACCUCUCAUGGUCAGUGCUCUGGCACGUGUCAAAACUCUCCUGGCUCUCGUGUCCUUUGCCAUCCUCUUCACCUCUGCUUUCCUGUCACUGGGGCUCAGUGCUGCAGGUGUCUUCCCACCUCAGGAACUUAAGUGGAAGGUGAUGACUUAUCUGUGCACAGUGGUCCACCCCAUUGUUCUACUGCUGAGCACCAGGCUGAGACCUGUGCUAGAGAGGGUCUGCUCCUUAAGAUGUGGGGCAUCUUAA